ACCAGCUCGCAGCACCACUUCCUUGCUGUUUCCAGCCAUGGAUGCUCCAAGCCAGAACGCGUUUAAGAAGUUGAUCAGGGUGUUGACAGAAAGGAUGUUCAAACACCUCCGGAAACAGUUUGUCACUCGAUUUUUUGGGCGUUCUCGGCAAAGAGCAAGGCUGGUCUCCAAAGAUGGCAGGUGCAACAUAGAGUUUGGCAAUGUGGAGGCACAGUCAAGAUUUAUAUUCUUCGUGGACAUCUGGACAACUGUGCUUGACCUCAAGUGGAGGUACAAAAUGACCAUUUUCAUCACAGCUUUCUUGGGGAGUUGGUUUCUCUUUGGUCUCCUGUGGUACGUGGUGGCCUAUAUUCACAGAGACCUCCCAGAGUUCCACCCUGCUGCCAAUCACACCCCCUGCGUGGAGAACAUCAACGGCUUGACCUCAGCUUUUCUGUUUUCUCUGGAAACUCAAGUGACCAUUGGGUAUGGAUUCAGGUGUGUGACGGAACAAUGUGCCACUGCCAUCUUUCUGCUUAUCUUCCAAUCUAUACUUGGUGUCAUUAUCAAUUCUUUCAUGUGUGGUGCCAUCUUAGCCAAGAUCUCCAGACCCAAAAAACGUGCCAAGACCAUUACGUUCAGCAAGAACGCAGUGAUCAGCAAGCGAGGCGGGAAGCUUUGCCUCCUAAUCCGAGUGGCCAAUCUAAGGAAGAGCCUUCUUAUUGGCAGUCACAUCUAUGGAAAGCUUUUGAAGACCACAGUCACUCCAGAAGGAGAGACCAUUAUUUUGGAUCAGACCAAUAUCAACUUUGUAGUUGAUGCUGGGAAUGAAAAUUUAUUCUUCAUCUCCCCACUGACAAUUUACCACAUCAUUGAUCACAACAGCCCCUUCUUCAACAUGGCAGCAGAGACCCUUCUCCAGCAGGACUUUGAGCUAGUGGUGUUUUUAGAUGGCACAGUGGAAUCAACCAGUGCCACCUGCCAAGUCCGGACCUCCUAUGUCCCAGAGGAGGUUCUAUGGGGCUACCGAUUUGCUCCCAUAGUAUCCAAGACCAAGGAAGGGAAAUACCGUGUAGAUUUCCAUAACUUUAGCAAGACAGUGGAGGUGGAGACCCCUCACUGUGCCAUGUGCCUUUAUAAUGAGAAAGACGCCAGAGCCCGGGUGAAGAGAGGCUACGACAACCCCAACUUCAUCUUGUCAGAAGUCAAUGAAACAGAUGACACCAAGAUGUAGCAGUAGCUUUUCAACACAAGUAAAGCGAAGCCAGUGAGGUACCCAGGGACCAUAAGCAUUGUGAAGCAAUAGACAAUUUGGAGGUACGAAAGAAAGGGAGCCCCCAGAGUCUACCAGCACAAUGACCCCAUGAGCCACAUAACCACAAUCAUACGAGACACAGAGCUCUACAAGGCUACAUACUGGAACUUGCGAUGCAUUUACAGAAAACUGGCACAUGGGAGCUACAGAAGCUUUCCUGGAAUCUUGAAUGUGAUUAUUUGAGAUUGGUAUUGAAGGGAACAGGCAAAAUCAUCAAAAGUCUCACGGACAGGCCAAACAAGAUAUGUUUUAAAAUCUCUCUAAAGAAGUCAUGAGCUUUAAGUAGGAUC